AAAAGAGGCGCGAGCGAGCCUGGCUGAGGGGAGACGGCGGUUGAGGCGGCGCGAGCGCGCAGUCCUCGUUCGCGUCCGGCGGGGCGGGCGUCGAGCGUCGUCGCCGCCGCCUCCUGAGGGAAGAAAGGCCGACUGGAGGGGAGGGGCGGGGGGCGAAAGAGGCGGCGACGGGAAAGGAGCCGCGUUCGUCCCCGAUGGCGGUUCGCGUAGCCGGCAGCUGAUUCCGCCUCGCUUUGAGGGGCCGCGAUGUCGACCGCGGGGACGCGGCGGCCCGGCUCGAGUAUCAAAGUCCGCCUCACAGUACUUUGUGCCAAGAACCUCGCAAAAAAAGAUUUCUUCAGGCUUCCUGACCCAUUUGCAAAGGUGGUCGUCGAUGGAUCUGGUCAGUGCCACUCAACUGACACUGUGAAGAACACAUUAGAUCCCAAGUGGAACCAGCAUUAUGACUUAUACGUUGGGAAGUCAGAUUCAAUCACUAUCAGCGUCUGGAACCACAAGAAGAUACACAAGAAACAGGGAGCUGGCUUCCUGGGGUGCAUCCGACUCCUUUCCAACGCCAUCAGCAGGCUAAAAGAUACUGGAUACCAGCGUUUGGAUCUAUGCAAACUAAACCCCACAGAUACUGAUGCGGUUCGAGGCCAGAUAGUAGUCAGCUUGCAGACACGGGACAGGAUAGGCACAGGAGGGUCUGUCGUCGAUUGCAGGGGGCUGUUGGAGAAUGAAGGAACGGUUUAUGAAGACUCAGGACCAGGAAGGCCACUGAGCUGUUACAUGGAGGAACCGGCACCGUACACGGACAGUACCGGGGCUGCCGGAGGAGGGAACUGUCGAUUUGGGGAGUCUCCUGGUCAGGAGCAGAUAUCGCAGGCCCAGCGAUUGCGAGCUCCUGAUGUGAGAGGCCACAUACAGACUCCCCAGAAUAGGCCGCUUGGCCAUCAGUCGCCAUCCCCUGACCUUCCUGAAGGUUACGAACAAAGAACAACUGUACAGGGACAGGUUUAUUUUUUGCAUACGCAAACUGGUGUUAGCACGUGGCACGACCCCAGAAUACCAAGAGACCUUAACAGUGUGAAUUGCGAUGAACUUGGACCUCUGCCGCCAGGCUGGGAAGUCAGAAGCACGGUGUCCGGGAGGAUAUAUUUUGUAGAUCAUAACAACAGAACCACCCAGUUCACCGACCCACGAUUGCACCACAUUAUGAACCACCAGUGCCAACUGAAGGAAUCCAACCAGCCUUUGUCAGUGCAGAACGAGGGGUCGUUGGAAGACAGCGAGGAGUUGCCGGCACAGAGAUACGAGCGGGACUUGGUGCAAAAGCUCAAGAUCCUUCGGCAUGAGCUCUCCCUCCAGCAGCCUCAAGCUGGCCACUGCCGCAUUGAAGUGUCGAGGGAAGAAAUAUUUGAGGAGUCAUAUCGUCAGAUAAUGAAAAUGAGGCCCAAAGAUCUGAAGAAGAGGCUGAUGGUCAAGUUUCGAGGCGAGGAGGGCUUGGAUUAUGGUGGCGUGGCCAGAGAGUGGCUAUACUUGCUAUGCCAUGAAAUGCUGAACCCUUAUUAUGGACUCUUCCAGUACUCCACUGACAACAUUUACAUGCUGCAAAUAAAUCCCGACUCCUCUAUCAAUCCCGAUCAUCUGUCUUACUUCCACUUUGUUGGUCGGAUAAUGGGUCUGGCUGUGUUCCACGGACACUACAUCAAUGGGGGUUUCACGGUCCCUUUCUAUAAACAGCUGCUGGGCAAGCCCAUCCAGUUGUCCGAUCUGGAAUCCGUCGACCCGGAACUGCACAAGAGUCUUGUUUGGAUUUUAGAGAACGACAUCACUCCAGUCCUGGACCAUACUUUCUGCGUGGAGCACAAUGCUUUCGGCAGGAUCCUGCAGCACGAGCUCAAACCGAACGGCAGAAAUGUUCCUGUAACAGAGGAGAACAAGAAAGAAUAUGUCAGGCUGUACGUUAAUUGGCGGUUCAUGAGAGGCAUCGAGGCCCAGUUCCUGGCUCUCCAGAAGGGUUUCAACGAGCUCAUUCCUCAGCAUCUCCUGAAGCCUUUUGACCAGAAAGAGCUUGAGCUCAUCAUAGGAGGCCUCGAUAAGAUCGAUUUGAACGACUGGAAGUCGAACACACGUUUGAAGCACUGCAUGGCGGACAGCAGCAUCCUGGCCACAUGGUUCUGGGUAAGCAGUGGGAAGCCUCUCGAUGAGGAGAGAGUAGGGCUACGCAGGCUACUGCAGUUUCCAGACGGCCCCCUGUGGGUUCCGCUUCAGGGCUUCAAGGCUUUGCAAGGCGCGGCAGGACCCAGGCUCUUCACUAUCCACUUGAUAGAUGCAAACACAGACAACCUUCCAAAAGCUCACACUUGUUUUAACCGAAUUGACAUUCCACCGUACGAGUCAUACGAGAAGCUUUACGAGAAGCUCCUGACUGCCGUGGAAGAGACUUGUGGGUUUGCAGUGGAGUGAGCAGGCAACCAAAGGAAACAGAUUCUAGCUCAUGGACCACCGAACCAAAAGCUCAUAAGAAGCGUGCUGUGAACUUCCGUUGUCCAAAGCAUUGGGACGCUCAAAGCACGUGGGGAGAUGAGGCCGUUUCCCCGCCUGCAGUGACGCUGGGGGGCUUUUGUCGAUGGUUCCCAACCACACCAUUCCUCCCUUUCUCUUUUUUUUUGCUCCCACAGUUCCCAAGAAACAUAAGACUGCCAGGGAUCGGGAUUUUGGUUUCGGUGACCCAAGGUGUUCUGCUAGACUUGUAACACAUAUUGUGAUAAGGUCGAUGACCUGUGGUCUUUUUCUUUUUUUAAAAAAUAGGGGUAUCAGACUUAUAGUUGAGUGUCGAGAUUGAUUUGCUGAGGACUUCCGACUGGUUAUGUGUACCUGGAUGUUAUGUCUUAAUGCAGUCCCGAGUCCCCUUGUAGAGUCCAGAAGCUGCAGGCAAGGAGGCUGGCACUGGAAUGCCCAAAUGCACAUUUCAGAGAACUCAUUUGCAGAACGGUUAGCCGAACGCAGCUCCUUAGGCACACUAAACUUAGGGCUGUUCCUUGAUAGGAAGUGCUGUGUUCAACUGCAGUGGCUUGGCUUUUUGAGAGCAGACAGGAACCCAAGCCAACCUUGAAUGGGGAGGUAAGCUGUUUUUUUGUACUUUAUGCUUCGAAGCCAAGAGCGACUUUGUUCUGCAGACUUCCUUCCUUGGCGUAUGUUAGGUAAAGCGGAGAGCCAGCCUGGGAGGACACGAUUCGUCAGUCCUGGAGGUUUUCUUCUAACGCCGUUUUCUCAGAUGCUUUCUUGGACUCAAAAUCAUGGAAGCCUCAUCAGAGGAAAUAGCUGAAAGCAAAUGGAACCAAGUUCCGUGUCACCUGGAGAACGAUUCCAGUUGAGUGGAGGAACAUAUGCAGACAAUAAAUGUCUUAACACGAUGUAAAUCCAUUGGAAAGGUUCAUGGUUUUAGCCUUCAGAGAUUGAGCAAUUCAGAGUACUGUUCUUAGCCUCUUUUUUAUUUCCACUUUCAUUCUUCGAGCACUAAAUGUUUCAAGACUAGCAUUAAGUCACUCAGUUCACGUGACAUCACAGAGAAGGAAAGCCAAAGUAAACCUGGUUAAUUGAUUCACACUUACAGUUUGCACAGUUUCACAAUAUUCUUCACCAUUACUUUGCAGAAAGCCCCAGUAAUCAUCAAACAGACUUGGGUGGUUUCGUAAGACUUUUUAAAAUUAGAAAGCAAGAAACACAAAGAUCCCUGUUAAUAGAUGGUGUUAUGGGCGAGUAGUGUGUUGAAUUUCAAUUGUGGGUCAGAAUUGUUCUCUGAACCGCAAAAAUUAUUUCAGUGGUCCAUUUUGAUAAUAGCUUUAAACUACAAUAGGACAAAACACAAGUUAGAUAAUUGUCAGAAUCCCGAAAGCUUUCCCGUUUGUUCAGUUGGCCGUAACUUUUUGUGAUUUGAUGUUUUGGGGAUAGGAGGAUUUACAUUUGUGAGAGAGGAAAUCGUAUCGUUUUGUGGAAUUUGCACCAUGUGGUUGAAAUGUUGGAUUUCAUUGGCAGAUUCAGACAUAAUCGGGGGGAGGAGCCCUCCCAGUCGCACUUAAGGGACCAGUUAACUGCGUUAUUAGGGUGGAGAGGGUGAGUGGUGUUCAAAUUAGUGACCAGGCUUAUUUUACAGUAAGCGUCUGGGUAAUAGAACGGUAGUGCCUCUGGUUUUCCAAAUACCUGUGGAGGUGAGACACAGUCCCUUGGACGUAAUUAAGCCUUGUCGGUGGCAUUGGAACUUUUGAAAUACUGUAGAAAGAUGCCAUCGCUACUAAAAGACUGUCCAAAAUCUUCUUUGCAGGGAGGAGGGGGAGAGAGAGGUUCUUCAGCACAGCAGUCGGCUUGUGUACAGAAAAGAGGCAAACAAGCUACCCACAUACGAUCAGCAGAGCUAGCACUGGUGGUUGGGAUGCCCACUGGCCAGUUCGUCCACCACUGUUGCGACAGUGUCGUGGUUCCAGGUAGCUGAGGCUGUGUGUUGCGCCAGUAAAGUUCGAAAGAAAGGACAGGUAGAAUGGGGACACACCGUUCUGAGUGGAAGUGACAUGCCAAAGGUAGUAAAAGGACAGGUGUGGUUCAGGCUGCAUAGCACAGAUGGUUUCUCCAUUAUAGUAAUGAGUGAGAAGAGAAUACUGCUGCAGCCUCCUGGUUGCCAGCGCGGCCUAAGACAGACCUGCAGGUAGCAGCCAAAGGUCUUCAGAUAAGUUGAUGGUAGAAGAGAGGGCCGGGAGCACAAAUAGCUUAAGGCAGCCUAUCCUGUUGGAGUUGGUAUUGCUGCCCUCCCAAAUCAGCUUCAUGGAGACACACGGAGGGCGCACCAAGGUGCUCACAUUUCCUGAUCCCCCUGCCCCCCAGCCGUAUUAGCACAUCUAAAACUUCCCGUGGUCAUUCACGCCAGCAGCAGUACAAAGGUCAGAAAUCUGGUUCACUGCUACAAGGCUCCGUUUACUUUCCCCUGAAAUGCAUCGUCAUCUUGGCAUGUGUGCCCUCAGGGACAUAGGAAUUGACCACUCGUUUGCGUGUAUGGGUGUGUGCAUGUGUGUUUUGAGUGCAUCAGGAAGGCGUGAGUGCGUAGAACAAAACGACAACAUACUAGACCAGCGUUUGCUUCUAAGGAGACUGCUUGCUGUACGUGGGGAGUGUGUCCACCUUUGCUAAAGCUGGGUGGCUGUUUAAAAUCCCAGCUCAUUAAAAUGCCCCACUCUCUUUCAAGCCCCUCCCGCCCCUUAGCCAGAACCCAGAAUCUACACUGUAGAGCACAGAAAGUUGGGAGGGGGGAGGGAGGGAUGCAGUACGUAUUUGUGUCUAAUUCUUUUUGCUCCGUUAAUUUUUUGUUUGUUUGUUCUUCAACCACUUUAUAAUGUAUUUUUUUAACUUAUUGUUUUUGUAACGUCUCGGGUGUUUUUUUUUUUUAAGUAUUGCUGCUACCCUUCUUAUUCUUCUCGCCGUUUUUAAUGACGGAUUUUAUUUUGUGAAAGAGUUGUAUACUAACCCCCCCCCCCCCCCCCCCCCCGGUUGUAUGUCUCUAAUCAAAGUAUUUAAAGAAAUACUACUACUAUUUAAUGUGGUAAUGGAGCCGGCUGGAAUAAAUUGUAUAGUAGGCUGGGCCCAGGAGGUCAUGUUCAUUUUUAUUUUUAUUUUUUUGGUUACAUAUGCAAUAAACUCACAACUUUGA